UCCAAAAUGGCGGCGGCCAGUGUGGCCGGGCCGGCAGCUAACGUGUUCCCGUUCCGCGACGUCCGCGCCGCGCCGGAUCCGGUGCUGGAGGCGGGCCCUGUGGCACACGGACCACUGCCGGUGCCGCUGGUGCUGGACAAUGGGUCGUUCCAGGCCCGUGCCGGCUGGGCGUGCCCCGGGCCAGACCCGGGCCCCGAGCCGCGCCUGCAGUUUCGCGCCGUGUGCGCCCGCGGGCGGGGCGGGGCUCGCGGAGGGGCGGGCCCGCAGGUGGGCAACGCGCUGGGCAGCCUGGAGCCGCUGCGCUGGAUGCUGCGCUCGCCCUUCGACCGCAACGUGCCGGUCAACCUGGAGCUGCAGGAGCUGCUGCUUGACUACAGUUUCCAGCACCUGGGUGUCUCCUCGCAGGGCUGUGUUGAUCAUCCCAUAGUUUUGACAGAAGCCGUGUGCAACCCCCUGUAUUCCCGACAAAUGAUGUCCGAGCUUCUUUUUGAGUGCUACGGGAUUCCUAAGGUUGCCUACGGAAUAGACAGCCUCUUCAGCUUCUACCACAAUAAGCCAAAGAACUUGACUUCCAGUGGCCUCAUCAUUUCAUCUGGGUACCAGUGUACACACAUUUUACCCAUCUUAGAAGGGAGGUUAGAUGCUAAAAACUGCAAACGCAUCAAUCUGGGAGGAAGCCAAGCAGCUGGCUACCUCCAGCGUCUCCUCCAGCUGAAGUAUCCUGGGCACCUGGCAGCCAUCACUCUCAGCCGCAUGGAGGAGAUCCUGCAUGAGCACAGCUACAUAGCUGAGGAUUACGUGGAAGAACUGCAGAAAUGGCGGUGCCCUGAUUAUUAUGAAAACAACGUCCACAAGAUGCAGCUCCCAUUUUCCAGCAAGCUCCUCGGCAGCACUCUGACCUCCGAGGAGAAGCAGGAGAGGCGGCAGCAGCAACUGCGGCGGCUGCAGGAGCUCAACGCCCGUCGGCGCGAGGAGAAGCUGCAGCUCGAUCAGGAGCGGCUGGACAGACUGCUCUACGUGCAGGAACUUCUAGAGGAUGGCCAGAUGGAUCAGUUUCACAAAGCUCUCAUAGAGCUGAACAUGGACUCCCCGGAGGAGCUGCAGUCCUACAUCCAAAAGCUCAGCUCUGCAGUGGAGCAAGCGAAGCAGAAGAUCCUUCAAGCAGAAGCCAACCUGGAGGUGGAUGUGGUGGACAGCAAACCAGAGACCCCUGACCUGGAGCAGCUGGAGCCAUCUCUAGAAGAUGUGGAAAGCAUCAAUGAUUUCGAACCCUUGUUUUCAGAGGAGACGCCCGAAGUGGAGAAGCCGGUCACCACUGUCCAGCCCGUGUUUAACUUGGCAGCAUAUCAUCAGCUGUUUGUUGGGACAGAAAGAAUUCGAGCUCCGGAAAUUAUCUUCCAGCCGUCGCUCAUAGGAGAAGAGCAGGCUGGGAUAGCAGAGACCCUUCAGUACAUUCUGGACAGGUACCCAAAGGACGUUCAGGAAAUGCUGGUUCAGAACGUUUUCCUCACUGGCGGGAACAUGAUGUAUCCAGGAAUGAAGGUUAGAAUCGAAAAGGAGCUGUUGGAGAUGAGACCCUUUCAGUCUUCUUUUCAGGUUCAGCUUGCCUCUAACCCCGUGCUGGACGCCUGGUACGGUGCUCGUGACUGGGCCUUGGACCACCUCGAGGACAGUGAAGUCUGGAUCACCAGGAAAGAGUAUGAAGAAAAAGGAGGAGAGUACUUCAAGGAGCACUGCGCUUCCAACAUCUACGUCCCCAUCCGCCUGCCCAAGCAGGCUUCUCGCUCCUCAGAAGCCCCGGCAUCCGGCAAAGGCUCGGGGGCCAGUGGAGGCGGUGCUGGCGAGUAGGCGUAACGGAGGGGUCCCCUCCAGGGCCCUUGGGCCCCGUCAGCCAGUGUGGCAGGACAGUGACUGUGCUAGCUGGGUCCUCCCUGAGUCUGCCGGUGACAUUGGGCUGCAAGAUGGAUUUCUCCUGGGGAGAACAGUUAGGGACACUGGGAGUUACCCUUUAGAACUGUGUUCAUUUGGGGCUUCUGCAGUGCAGAAACUUUAAGUGGCCUUCUGGCAUCUUUGUUGAACCAUGGGAGAGCUGUGGCAUCCACUUUCUUCACCAGUGAAUGAAGACAGUGGAGGACAGAGGUGUACAAAAGGCAGAAGGCUGAUUUCUUACUGCAUUUUGACUCCAUUCUUUAAAAGAAAAAAUCCUUUAAGAUUUAUAUUAUCAGUGUAGGUAUUCUUCUCACUUUAUUCAGAAAUUGUGUGAAUGCCCAGCAGGUGGAGGUCUUUCACAUAAAUACAUAAAAAAGGUACUGUUUAUGUAACAAAAGCAAUCACCCACGAAAUCUCGGGAGCUGGAAAUACUCCCCUCCUCCUAUUAUUUCCUCUUACACAUAAGGAAAAAGGGCCCAAAGAGGGUAACCAGAUCGUGCACAGUCACUCUGUUAGGGGCCUGCUUGGUGCCCACUUCUGAAAGGGCAGAAAUGAGGCCUUGGCUCAACUUUUGUUCAUACUUUAUUUGCUGGAAACGUUUUCCACCAUACGAGGGCUUCCUGCAUAUUUUUUAUUUCUAUCCCUGUGAGUUUGUUGGCUGCUUCACUUCUUCAGGCCUUCUGAAGAAGACAGGGGUUGGAGAAGGUGACUCCUGUAGCCUUUCCAGUUUUGCCAUAACCUCACAUUCGCUGUACCUUUGCAGCUUCCUCUGAAAUGGACAGAUAACCCCUCUGUGACAGAGAUUGCUUUGGUGAGAAUUUUAACUCUCAAACACACCCAGUAAUUGAGCCCAGAACUCCCCUGAGCUCCUAGUGUCCUUGUCACAGGAUCCAGACAUUUAAAUCCUGUGGAGCCUCUGGCCCAUGCCUCUGAUGAGGCCCCCUCAGAGCCUGUCUGCUCAUCCAGUUUACCAGGGGUGCUCGCCUGGAUCUCCAGCUCUCAAGGGCUUUGACGCCGAAGACCAGGAGGGGGCAGUGGUGGUGGUGGAGAAGGCGGAAGACCCAAGCCAACGCAAGAUCUCCCAAGGCCUUGCCAGUGAGCCAUUGGCCGUCUGUGGCUGGGCCCAAGGCCUGAUGAGAUGCUGAUGAAGGAUGAUGUGAAGAAGAAGGCAGGACCGACCUCCAUGUGAAAGAUGUUUUCAUUUCACAUUUCCAGUGGGAGGAACCCUGCUAACUGCUGUUAGGGCUGGGGGCCUUUCUCCCACAGUCAGCCGUUACACAGCCUGAACAGCAGGGCUGAGGUCAGAAGACUGCUGUAGAGGUCCCGCCCUGAUGGGGAAGGACCCUGGGUUGGGCAAGUAAGCCGGGACACAUCACAGUCAAACAAGCGUUAAGCUGGACCUAGUCAGGGUUCCUGUAGACCAGAACUCAGGGGGACGUUUGGGCUGUGGUGAGAGACAGGCCGAGGGGCUGAUCCUUGAGCGCUCUGGCUUCAUCUAACCCCUCACAUUCAGUAUGCCGUGACCUCUCGUGACCACCUUAGCAUGCGCAGUUCUCCUCGGGGAAUCUGUCCAUCCUUCCCCAACACGCUAGGCAGGAAUUUGCUACCCUUGGGUUCCCUGGGGCCCUCGCACAGCCACUAACAGAGUGCUCACCACAGUGCCUUGGGCUUUAUCUCUGCCCCAGGAUGAUCGCUUCUAAACUGGAAAGCUUUCCCCAAGGGCAGGACGGGUGUUUCAUUCAGCGUGGAGUAUCCACAGCACAGUGCUGGACUCCGGAUUUUUAAUGAAUGACUGAAUCUGUGAACAAAGGAAAUUUGGGAAUAGUUUGUCUACUCUGUUGAGAGGAACAAAUGAGAAGUCCACACUGAGGACUUCCUCUCCACCAGAGCACCCUACUCAUGGAGACGUCUUACUGUCCCCACCCUUACCCUGCCACGAUCUUUCCUGGAGAGAAGGUGGAUGUGCCUAGCUGAGUGUUCUAGAGACAGCUGUGAAGGGUGGCCUCCUGUCACCCAGCUUAGGGCUCUUGUCUGGGGUUGCAGCAGGAGGAGACAGCCCAGGGGAGGGCGAGUGUCCUGUGGGUCUUCAGGACUCCCCAGGAAUGGGUUUGACUCAGGAUAGCUCUGAAGGUG